GCAUUUUAGUGAGCUGUGAAGAUCUCUUCAGUGACAGACAGUGGAAGGUCUGCAAUGCUUUCGCCACCUUUGUGGCCCGACGUACCGAAGCAGGAAAGGUACAGCUGAAGCAGGUGAUUCCACGCACGCAGGCAGAGCAGAUGGAGUACAGCAUCGCAGCCGAGCGCAGGAGGAUGAGACUGAUCCAUGCAGAGAUAAUUAACGAUCUCCUCAGCAGCUGCUGCUCUCAGACAGUGAGUGAGUGUUUAGAUUACCAGGAUGCUGUGCCUGCGGAGCGGACUCGAGUAGAAAGCGUCGAGCUGGUGCUCCCGCCCCAUGCUAAUCACCAGGUCAGCACGUUUGGUGGACAAAUCAUGGCCUGGAUGGAGAAUGUAGCCACCAUCUCUGCCAGUCGUUUGUGUAACGCUCACCCAACUCUGCGGAGCAUAGACAUGUUCCACUUUCGUGGGCCGUCCCACAUUGGAGACAGACUGGUGUUGAAGGCAAUUGUAAACAGUGCUUUCAAGAAAAGUAUGGAGGUGGGAGUGUGUGCGGAGGCCUAUCAGGGUGGAGAGCCCCUGCGACACAUCAACACCGCCUUCAUGACCUUUGAGGUCUUGGACAAUGACAGGAAGCCAUGCACGUUGCCAAGGAUACGGCCCGAGCCUGUGGAUGGUAAAAGACGCUUUCAGGAAGCCAUAGCCAGAAAGAAAAUCCGCCUUGACAGGAAGUACAUAAUAUCCUGCAAACAAAGUGAGGUUCCUCUGUCGGUUCCCUGGGACCCAAGUAACCAGAUGUACCUCAGUUACAAUAAUGUUUCGGCACUGAAGAUGUUGGCUGCCAGGACUAACUGGGUCUUAACCUCAGAGAAGAACAAGGUGAGUUUAUACACCCUGGAGGAGAACCAGAUGUUGUGCUUUAAGGUGGAGACUCACGUGGCUGUGGCGGCCGAGCAGGUUUUUCUGUUACUGUCUGAUCUAAGGCGAAGGAAGGCAUGGGACCACCACUACCAAGAGUGUGAAGUGAUAACUGACUCAAAUGAAGACGACACCAUUUACCGAGUUGUCACCCCCUCUGUGACUAAAGGAGGCAAAGUCCAGGACUUCAUCCUCCUGGCCUCCAGGAGGCGCCCUUGUGAUUCUGGAGAGCCUUAUUUGAUUGCCUUGCGUUCUGUGACCCUGCCUGCAUACCCUCCCACUCAAGACUACAACAGAGGAGAGGUGCUGUGUGCUGGGUUCAGUAUCUGGGAAGAGGAAAACUCUUUCACUAAGAUUUCUUACUACAACCAGGCCACUCCUGGCGUGCUGCCCUAUAUCUCCACGGACAUCGCUGGGCUUUCCUCCAGCUUCUACUGCACCUUUGCCUCAUGUAGUGCUUUUCUGGAGCAGAAUAAAGACAGCCUGGCUUGCCUGCCCACCUCCACCCUGUGAGAAAGCUGAAUUCGACAAUCGUUGCUCUUCAGAAAUUGAUUUUGUUGCUAAAAUAAAAAUUGUUAUAGUCCAGGUAUUUAAGGUUAGCAUAGAAAUUCACAUUUGAGUUUAGUAUAGAUAAAGAUCAUGAACUUUAAGUACGUAAAACUCUUCAGAAAAUAAAGGCACAGAGCUGUGACUGAAAUAUGAUACAAAAGCUAAAAGGUACGUCACUAUACCAUAUUUACCUCUAAAUGGUACAUAUUAGUACCUUAGGAGACCACCCCUGUGGCAGUUUUGUAUUUAAAUUUAGAAAAAGGCAUUAGCUUUUUUGUUGUUAAAAAAACAUUUAGGGUCAUGUGCAAUAAUGUAAAACUCUCUGCAGAUGCCACUUCCAGAAGACUAAGCAAGUAUAUUGCACUGUUGUCAUUCUCAAUGACUCAGAGGACUCAAAAUAAAACGAAUGAACUUCAAAUGGGUGGCAUGGUCGAUUAUGUGGUACUUCCUGGGACAUGCACAAUCACGUUUGCAUAGACUUUCAGUCUAGUUAGUGACGGAUGUUAGACUCUGCCAUUUAAUGUCAGGCCACAACAAUGCCUUGAUUUUUACACUGCUGAUUCGUAGGACAGGACCUUUUUAAAUAAAUACUGUUACAUGUAGCAAUUUAGUGUAGCUCAUCUUUAUUCAAUAAAAAGCUAAACUUGCCUUGGCAUUAAAAGAUCAUUUAAAGAUCCUCCUGUUAUACUACAACUGUUGAGAAACAUAGCAAAGAAUAUUGAUAUUUGAAUCAGUUCU